UUUCUGUCCGCUGAUUUGGUCCUGCAUAUAUCCGUGUGUGAGUGAAAUACAGGGUCAGUCAGUGAAUCAUGUACGAGCAGGAGAAGAAGUCGCUGCGCCAGUGCGGGCGCUACAUCGUCCAGUUUUUGCGACCAUCUUACAUUCGGGGAUUUUUGACAACUUACCUGGAUAGAGAGUCUGUAGAGAAGAUUUUAUCAGAGGAGAAGACGUCACGGAUGGCAGCAGCUCAGAUACUGCUGGAUAAGAUGUUGGACCUGGAGGAGGUCGGCUGGUUCCAGGGCUUCCUGGACACGCUGAUGGCUUCAGAUUACACAGGCCUCCACAUGGCAAUCAGUAAGUGGGACUUUAAGGAGCUGGAGGAUCUCUCUUCUUACAGAAAUCUGCUGGAUCAAGUUGAGAUGUCCAUCACCAAAAACAUGAAACCCAGAGAGCUGCUGCCACACAUGGGCGACUGUCUCACACAGCGAGAGUGUGAGGAGAUCAGAGCGGUGGAGGAGCAGAAGGGGUGUGUUGCGGCGAGUGAGCUGUUAGUGGACACUCUGAGACACUGCGAUAAAUCUAACUGGUAUAAAGUGUUUAAACUCGCUCUGGAUAUGUGCAGUCAGACUCUCGCUCUACAGCUGCUUGAGCCCGAUGAGAAUGGGAAUUGUGUUCAGAACUGUAAUGAGAAUGAUGCAGGAAUGGCAAGAAUGGCAGUGUGUUUUGAGUACAGAGAGGACAGCGAGAAUGACAACCUGAUGAGCAGCAACAGUGAGAUGAGUGAAUCUGAGCAGUGUGUCAAGGGGGCAGAGGAGGGUGUGGCCAGUGUGUGUGGGAGACAUACAGAGAAAAAGUUGAGAGAGUAUCAGAAAGAGCUCGCUACAGCCGCAUAUAACGGCCUCAACACCAUCAUCUGUGCUCCAACAGGCUGUGGUAAAACUGUUGUUGCCGUGGCGAUCUGUGAACAUCACCUGAAGAAAUAUUCUGAGAAGGCCAAAGUGGUUUUCAUGACAACCAAAGUGGAGGUUUAUGAACAACAACUCAAACUGUUCAAGGAACACUUCAGCAAGGAUCCGAACAUCAAAGUGGAAGGUGUGUGUGGGGAUAUGGAGAACGUGAACCUGCCCACCCUGGUGUCUAGCAAUGACGUAUUGCUGAUGACUCCUCAGAUUCUGGUGAACGCUCUGAAGCGUGGUGAAGUGGCCUCGAUAAACACAUUCACACUGCUGCUCCUGGACGAGUGUCACAACACCACCGGCAAACAUCCGUACAACAAUAUCAUGAGCCUUUACAUCGACACCAAAUACUCUACAGGCACACACUCACUGCCUCAGGUGGUGGGCUUCACUGCGUCUGUAGGUAUUAAGAGUUUUAAGAAUGUACUUGAGGCUGAGAACAACAUCUGCCAGCUGUGUGCUAACCUGGAUGCCCGAGUCAUAACCACAGUUACAGAGAAUAUUGAUGAGCUGAGAUCAUUUGUACACACACCUGAGAAAGACUUCUAUUUGGUCAAACCCCGAACCUCAGACCCUUUCAUUCUCAUCAUCAAAAAGAUCAUGAAGAACAUCGAACAGCUGGCCUUAAAAGUCUACAACAUUGUCACUGUGUCCCAGGUACAGAAAGGUGAUUAUGGCACUCAGAUGUAUGAGCAGUGGAUUGUGAAUGUACAGAAAUGCUGCAGACUGCUUCAGUUCACUGACCGUGAGGAGGAGCGCAGAGUCUGCAGAGCACUAUACACCUACACUGAACACCUCAGAAAAUAUAAUGAUGCUCUGAUCAUUAAUGAGGACGCUCGCACCAAAGACGCGCUGGACUUCAUGGACUCAUUCAUCAAGGACAUCAGUAAUGCCAGCCAAGACCCCACUGAGCACCAGCUCAUUGACUUAUACCAGGCUCAGCGUGAGCAGCUGCGCCAUUUAGCUGCUGCAGGAGAACAAAACCCCAAACUACAGGAGCUUAAGUUCAUCCUGGAUGAGGAAUACAGAAACAAUGAGCAGACUCGCACUGUGCUGUUCGUCAGGACCCGCGCCCUCACUGAUGCUCUGAAAAAGUGGAUAGAGGAGACAGAUUCACUAAAGUUCCUGAAGCCUGGCGUUCUGAUUGGAAGAGGAAGAAAAUCACAACUGACAGGCUCAGGUAUGACUCUGACAGGACAGAAGGGUGUGCUUGAUACCUUUAAGAGCUCUGACCAGAGUAAGAUUCUUAUUGCCACCUCCGUCGCUGACGAGGGCAUCGAUAUACCACAAUGCAACCUAGUGCUCAUGUACGAGUACGUCGGCAACGUUGUCAAGAUGGUGCAGGUUCGAGGUCGAGGGAGAGCUCAGGGCAGCAAGUGUUUUCUGAUCUCCAGCAGAGAGGAGCGCAUUCGUAAAGAGCAACAGAACAUGGAGAGAGAGAAGCUGGUCGAGGAAGCCGUUAAACUCCUGCAGAACUCACCUGACUGCCUGCAUGCCAAGGUGGAACGGUUCCAGAAGGCUGAUAUGGCCCGGAGAGCCCAUGAGAACUCAAAUGUAGAGAAAACUCAGACUGAGGGAAGUUACAAGUUCCUGUGUGGGAAGUGUAAAACGUUUGCCUGUUUUAGUGAUGACCUGCGUGUGCUACAGGAAUCUCACCACAUUGUGCUGGAUCAGUCUAUAUUCCAGCGCUGUGAAACUCAACCUCACAAAAAAAUCAAGACCUUUGACAAUUUUACCAAAAAGGAGAAGAUGUAUUGUUCUGACUGUAAAAAAGACUGGGGCAUCAUUGCCUCCUACCUGAAUAUACAGGAUUUACCGGUGUUGAAGAUUGAGAGUUUUACCCUUGAGGACCUGGUCACAAAGGAACAGCACGCUUUCAGGAAAUGGCAUGAGGUCCCAUUCUGUAUGCGAGUGUUUGACGUGACAGAGAAGAUGGUUGAGAAGUGGAAGCCGAGAACAUAGAUCAUAAAAGAUGAGAUAACCUCUAAAACUGCCAAUCUCUCUCUCUCUCUCUCUCUCUCUCUAUAUAUAUAUAUAUAUAUAUAUAUAUAUAUAUACAUGUUUGGGGUUUUUUAAUGUACUGUAACUUUCUUGUUAUAUGGAAGAGUCUUUCUUGUUUUGAAAUCACACACAACCCGAACACGAUCUGACUAGCUGAAGCACUUUACUAAGGAAAAUUGUCUUCAGAUUGUUUCAGAAGGCACUGUUUGCAAUCGUUUUAUGAAAUCAUUAAGUCAGGAAUUAUUGAAAAACAGUUAGCUUUGCUCAGUGAGAGUGGGUGGCCAUUGAAUGAAGCCCCACCCCCUACGCUAUUCUUCGAGAAGGAAAAGAGCAGACUUGCAGAAGAGUAGUGACGUCUUUCAUCAUAUUCCUGACUGUCACGUUUUAAACUGCACAAUAAAGUUUGUGAUGAUUUUUCUA